AUGAGCUCGGAUGGAGAAAUGGCCGUUUUCGGGCCAGCGGCCCUGUUCCUCCGUAAGUCUGAGAAGGAGCGGGCGGAGGCCCAGAACCGCCCGUUCGACAGCAAGACGGCGUGCUUUGUCAGCGAUGACAAAGAGCUUUAUGUGAAGGCCGAGAUCCAAGAGAGGACAGACGGCAAGAUCACCGUCAAAACUACAGAUGACAGAACUCUAACUGUAAAAGAAGACCAGGUGUUUCCCAUGAAUCCACCAAAGUUUGAUAAGAUUGAGGACAUGGUGAUGAUGACGCACCUCCACGAGCCUGCCGUGCUCUUCAACCUAAAGGAGCGCUACGCAGCGUGGAUGAUCUACACCUACUCCGGCCUCUUCUGUGUGACCGUCAACCCUUACAAGUGGCUUCCGGUCUACAACCCAGAGGUGGUGCAGGCCUACCGAGGGAAGAAGAGGAUGGAGGUUCCUCCUCACAUCUUCGCCUUGUCAGAUAACGCCUACCAGUUCAUGCUCACCGACCGUGAGAAUCAGUCCAUUCUCAUCACCGGAGAAUCCGGUGCCGGGAAAACUGUCAACACCAAACGGGUCAUUCAGUACUUUGCGACAAUCGCAGUGUCUGCAGACAAGAAGAAAGACUCCAGCAGCAAAAUGAAGGGAACCCUGGAAGAUCAAAUCAUUCAGGCUAACCCUCUGCUGGAAGCUUUCGGGAACGCCAAGACUGUGAGGAACGACAACUCAUCUCGCUUUGGUAAAUUCAUCCGGAUCCACUUUGGGACAACAGGGAAACUGGCCUCUGCAGACAUCGAAACAUAUCUGCUGGAGAAGUCCAGAGUGACGUUUCAGCUUUCUGCUGAGAGAAGCUACCACAUCUUCUACCAGCUGACUUGCAACCAGAAGCCGGAACUCAUUGAUCUGCUUCUCAUCACAACCAACCCCUACGACUUUGCUUUCAUCAGUCAGGGGGAGAUCAGCGUCAAAAGCAUCGACGACAAAGAGGAGUUGAUGGCGACGGAUGAAGCUUUCGACAUCCUGGGCUUCACCGCUGAAGAGAAAGCCUCCGUCUAUAAGCUAACAGGCGCUGUGAUGCAUUAUGGGAACAUGAAGUUCAAGCAGAAACAGCGGGAGGAGCAGGCCGAGCCUGACGGCACUGAAGAGGCCGAUAAAGCUGCGUACCUGAUGGGCCUGAACUCAGCCGACCUGCUGAAAAACCUGUGCUACCCCAGAGUGAAGGUCGGAAACGAGUUCGUCACUAAAGGACAGAAUGUGCAGCAGGUGUACAACUCCAUUGGCGCCCUGGCCAAAUCAGUCUAUGAGAAGAUGUUUUUCUGGAUGGUCCAGCGGAUAAACCAGCAGCUGGACACCAAACAACCUCGACAGCAUUUCAUCGGAGUUCUGGACAUUGCAGGAUUUGAGAUCUUUGAUUACAACAGUAUGGAGCAGCUUUGCAUUAAUUUCACCAAUGAGAAGCUGCAGCAGUUUUUUAACCACCACAUGUUUGUACUGGAACAAGAAGAGUACAAGAAAGAAGGAAUCGAAUGGGAGUUCAUCGACUUCGGCAUGGAUCUGGCUGCCUGUAUUGAGCUAAUUGAAAAGCCAAUGGGCAUCUUCUCGAUCCUGGAAGAAGAGUGUAUGUUCCCGAAAUCGACUGAGACUUCCUUCAAGAACAAACUGUACGACCAACACCUGGGGAAGAACAACUGCUUCCUGAAGCCCAAAGUGGUCAAAGGGAAGCCAGAAGCUCAUUUCACGUUGAUGCAUUACGCCGGAAACGUGGACUACAACAUCAGCGGGUGGCUGGAGAAGAACAAAGACCCGCUGAACGAGUCUGUUGUGCAGCUUUACCAAAAGUCCUCCGUCAAAAUCCUGGCUAUGCUCUACGCAAGCUUCUCUGGACCAGAAGAGACGGGAGGGAGUGGGUCAAAGAAAGGGUCCAAAAAGAAAGGAGCAUCUUUCCAAACCGUGUCGGCUCUCUUCAGGGAAAAUCUUGGAAAGCUGAUGACCAACCUGAGAACCACUCACCCCCACUUUGUGCGCUGCUUGAUACCAAAUGAAACCAAAACACCAGGCGUCAUGGAGAACCAACUGGUCAUCCACCAGCUUCGCUGCAACGGCGUCCUGGAAGGGAUCCGGAUCUGCAGGAAGGGAUUUCCCAGCAGAAUCCUUUAUGGGGACUUCAAGCAGCGGUACAGGAUCCUUAACGCCAGCGCCGUUCCCGAGGGACAGUUCAUGGAUAACAAAAAAGCUGCAGAGAAGCUCCUGGGCUCCAUCGACGUGGAUCUGACUCAGUGCAAGUUUGGACACACUAAGGUGUUCUUCAAAGCGGGCCUGCUGGGAACGCUGGAAGAGAUGCGGGACGAGCGUUUGGCCCAGGUGGUGAUGUCCACUCAGGCUCUGUGCCGAGGUUACCUGGUCCGGCUGGAGUAUCAGAAGAUGAUGGCCAGAAAAGAGGCCAUUUACACCAUCCAGUACAACUUCCGGUCCUUCAUGAACGUCAAACACUGGCCGUGGAUGAAGCUGUACUUCAAGCUGAAGCCUCUUCUGAAGAGUGCAGAGGCAGAAAAGGAGAUGGCCCAAAUGAAGGUGGACUUCACAAAACUGAAGGAGGAUCUGUCCAAAUCGGAAUCCCGACGCAAAGAGCUGGAGGAGAAAAUGGUCUCCAUAAUCCAGGAGAAGAACGACCUCCUGCUUCAAGUCCAGGCAGAAGCUGAUCACCUGCUGGACGCCGAGGAGAGAUGUGAAGGGCUCAUCAAAAGCAAGAUCCAGCUGGAGGCUAAGCUGAAGGAGACGACGGAGAGGCUGGAAGACGAGGAGGAGGUCAACGCCGAGCUGACCGCCAAGAAGAGGAAGCUGGAGGACGAGUGCUCCGAACUGAAGAAGGACAUCGAUGACCUGGAGCUGACCUUAGCCAAAGUGGAGAAGGAGAAACACGCGGUGGAGAAUAAGGUGAAAAACUUGACGGAAGAGCUGAUGAGUCAGGAUGAAAACAUCAACAAACUGUCCAAAGAGAAGAGAGCUCUGCAGGAGGCACAUCAGCAGACUCUGGACGACCUCCAGUCGGAGGAGGACAAGGUCAGCUCAAUGAGCAAGGCCAAAAGCAAACUGGAGCAGCAGGUGGACGAGCUGGAAAGCAGUUUGGAGCAAGAGAAGAAGGUCCGGAUGGACCUGGAGAGGACCAAGAGGAAGCUGGACGGAGACCUGAAGCUUGCUCAGGAAUCCAUCAUGGACCUGGAGAACGAGAAGCAGCAGCUGGACGAGAAGCUGAAGAAGGAGAAGAGCGAGCUGAAGCUGGAGGUGGACGACAUCUCCAGCAACGUGGAGACACUGGCAAAAGCAAAGAUCAACUUAGAGAAGAUGUGUCGCUCCCUUGAAGACCAGCUGAGCGAGACCAAAAGCAAAGAAGAGGAGCAGCUGAGACUCAUCAACGACCUCUCCAGCCAGAGAGCUCGCCUCACCACGGAAAACGCGGAGGCCGCUCGCCAACUCGAGGAGAAGGAGUCACUGAUGUCCCAGCUGACUCGAGGAAAGCAGGCCUUCCUCCAGCAGAUCGAGGAACUGAAACGACUGCAUGAGGAGGAGGUGAAGGCCAAGAACGCCCUGGCUCACGGUCUGCAGUCGGCCCGUCACGACUGCGAGCUCCUCCGAGAGCAGUACGAGGAGGAGCAGGAGGCCAAAGCAGAGCUCCAUCGCUGCCUGUCCAAAGCCAACAGCGAGGUGGCUCAGUGGAGAACCAAAUACGAGACAGACGCCAUCCAACGCACUGAGGAGCUGGAGGAGGCCAAGAAGAAGUUGGCUCUCCGUCUGCAGGAGGCAGAAGAAGCUGUGGAAGCGGUGAACUCCAAGUGUUCCUCACUGGAGAAGACCAAGCAGCGGCUGCAGGGAGAGGUGGAGGAUCUGAUGAUGGACGUGGAGCGAUCAAACGCCGCCGCCGCAGCCUUGGACAAGAAACAGAGGAACUUUGAUAAGGUUUUGGCUGAGUGGAAGCAGAAGCACGAGGAGGCUCAGGCGGAGCUGGAGUCCGCUCUGAAGGAGGCGCGCUCUUUGGGCACGGAGAACUUCAAGAUGAAGAACGCCUUUGAAGAAUGCCUGGAACAGCUGGAGACCCUCAAACGAGAGAAUAAAAACCUCCAACAAGAAAUAAUGGACAUCACCGAGCAGAUGGGAGAAAUGGGCAAAUCCAUCCACGAGCUGGAGAAAUCCAAGAAGCAGGCUGAGCAGGAGAAGCUGGAGGCUCAGGCUGCUCUGGAAGAAGCAGAGGCCUCACUGGAGCAUGAGGAAUCCAAGAUCCUGAGGGUCCAGUUGGAGCUGAACCAGGUGAAGUCUGAGGUGGACAAAAAGAUAGUGGAGAAGGACGAGGAGAUCGACCAGCUGAAGAGAAACAGUCAGCGAGUCCUGGACACCAUGCAGACCAAUCUGGAUGCGGAGGUCCGGAGCCGGAACGACGCCCUUAGAGUGAAGAAGAAGAUGGAAGGAGACCUUAACGAGAUGGAGAUCCAGCUCAGCCACGCCAACAGGCAGGCGGCCGAGGCCCAGAAGCAGCUGAGGAACCUGCAGCUGCAGAUCAAGGAGAUCCAGGUUCACCUCGAUGACACUCAGAGGAGCAACGAUGACAUGAAGGAGCAGGUCGCCGUGUCGGAGCGCAGGAGCAACCUCCUGCAGGCGGAGCUGGAGGAGAUGCGAGCCGCUCUGGAGCAGACGGAGAGGAGCCGGCGGCUGGCGGAGCAGGAGCUGCUGGACGCCAGCGAGAGGGUGCAGCUGCUCCACUCACAGAACACCAGCCUGCUCCACAGCCGGAAGAAGCUGGAGGCGGAGCUCUCCCAGAUCCAGGGUGAGAUGGACGAAGGCGUCCAGUCAGCCAGAAACGCUGAGGAGAAAGCCAAGAAAGCCAUCACUGACGCUGCCAUGAUGGCAGAGGAGCUGAAGAAGGAGCAGGACACCAGCGCCCACCUGGAGAGGAUGAAGAAGAACCUGGAUGCCACGGUGAAGGACCUGCAGCAGCGCCUGGACGAGGCCGAGAGCCUGGCCAUGAAAGGCGGCAAGAAGCAGCUCCAGAAACUUGAAGCCAGAGUACGAGAACUUGAGAACGAGCUCGAAGCAGAACAAAGACACGGAUCCGAUUCUGUGAAAGCCGUUCGUAAGCUGGAGCGCAGAAUCAAGGAGCUGGUGUAUCAGUCUGAGGAGGACAGGAAGAACAUCAUGCGGCUGCAGGACCUGGUUGACAAACUGCAGCUGAAGGUCAAAGCCAACAAGAGGCAGGCCGAGGAGGCGGAGGAACAAGCCAACACAUAUCUGACCAAACUGAGGAAGGUGCAACACGAGCUGGAGGAGGCCGAAGAGCGGGCCGACAUCGCUGAAGCUCAAGUCAAUAAGAUGAAAGUCAAAAAUCGCGACAUCGGCAAAGCCAAAGACAGUGGAGAGUAAACCUGCUGGUUCGCAUCAAGUUAGCAUGCAGCAAACUCCUGAUGUAUUCCUUUUGUUUGCUGUUUUACUAAACAGGAAGUUCUGAGCUGCUGCAACAUCCUUCUCCGCCACUAGAGGGAGCUAAAGAAAAAGUAUUUUCAGAUUUUUCUUUCAAUUCAGAUUUGAGUUUGAAAAACAGAAGUGUGAAGUGAAAAAUGUUUUAAAAAAAAGAGUGAAAAUGUUUG